AUGAAAAAGGUCAAGAACAUUUACCACCAUUACACCUUCUCGCUCUUGCUAGUCUUCCUUGUCUUGAUUCUAUUUCAUCCAGCCCUUUCGACCUAUGUCAACACUUUGUCGUCUUCAGAGUCUCUCACAAUCUCAAGCAAGAGAACACUUGUAUCUCCCGGCGGAGUCUUCGAGCUUGGUUUCUUCAAACCCUUGGGACGCUCGCGUUGGUAUCUCGGAAUAUGGUAUAAGAAAAACUCUUGGAAAACUUACGCAUGGGUCGCCAACAGAGACAACCCUCUCUCCAGUUCCACUGGAACCCUCAAAAUCACUGGCAGCAAUCUUGUCCUGUUAGGUCAGUCCAAUAACACUGUUUGGUCGACAAAUCUUACAAGAGGAAAUGCGAGCUCUCCAGUGACUGCAGAGCUUCUUCCCAACGGAAAUUUUGUAAUGCGAUACUCCAACAACAAAGACUCAAGUGGAUUCUUGUGGCAGAGUUUCGAUUUUCCGACAGAUACUUUGCUUCCGGGGAUGAAACUAGGUUACGAUCUCAAAACAGGGCGCAACAGGUUCCUUACAACAUGGAGAUCCUAUGAUGAUCCGUCAAGCGGGAAUUACACGUACAAGCUCGACAUUAGAAGGGGAUUGCCUGAGUUUAUUCUUAUGAAUGGCCCUCAUGAAAUACAAAGGAGCGGUCCGUGGAAUGGAAUCGAGUUUUAUGGUUUACCGGAGGUGCAAGGAUUAAAUUACAUGGUUUACAAUUAUACGGAGAACAGAGAGGAGAUCACUUACUCAUUCCAUAUGACCAACCAAAGCAUUCACUCGAGAUUGAUGGUCAGUGACUAUACACUCAAUCGAUUCACGUGGAUCCCGCCAACACCGGGAUGGCGUCAGCUCUGGAUUUUACCAACGGACGUAUGCGAUUCUCUUUACUUAUGUGGGUCUUAUUCUUACUGUGACCUAAACACGUCACCUAACUGCAACUGUAUUAGAGGGUUCAUUCCCAAGAACCAGCAGAGGUGGGACUUGAAAGACGGAUCAGAGGGGUGUGUGAGGAGGACGCCGCUGAGCUGUAGUGGAGAUGGAUUUUUGCGGCUAAAGAAUAUGAAUUUGCCGGACACUAAGACGGCAACUGUGGAUCGAACAAUUGAUGUCAAAAGAUGUGAAGAGAAGUGUCUUAGCGAUUGUAACUGUACGUCGUUUGCGACUGCGGAUGUUCGAAAUGGAGGAUUGGGUUGUGUGAUUUGGACAGGAGAGCUCGUUGAGAUCCGGAAACAAGCUGUUGGUGGUCAAGAUCUUUACGUCAGACUGAAUGCUGCUGAUCUAGGUUAG